CUGUGACAGAAAUCGUUAAUUUUCCGUAUAAUAAAACGGACUGACGUCUGUGUAUCAGAUAUUAGAUAUGUCAAAAGGGAUAUAUGUUGCUUAAGAAGCUGAAUAAAUAAUUGUGGAAUAACAACAACAUUACGAUAUGAGGUGAAGAUACUUUGCUUCUGUUCCCGCAUUAACGCAAUACUCCCGCUGGAAAACCAAUUACUUGGACAACUGCAAAUUCAUUCGAAGGUGUAUACGGUAAACAAAGGCCACGCAUUACACUAACAGAACAAGUGAAUGUCAUGGAUUUAACAGACGACUUCGUAAUGGAUGAGUUUAAAUGCAUGGCAAAUGAAACGAUGAAUUGUUCGCGUAUCAAAAUAAAUUUGACAGAAAUUAUGAAUGUUGAGCCUUCAGAGAAGCAUCCGAUAGUUUAUUUCAGUCAACGGUUCUAUGCCUACGUAACUCCGAUCAUAUUCACGGUUGGUCUGUUUGGAAAUAUAAUGUCACUGAGUGUAUUUCUCACAAAGAAUUUGAGAAAUAUGUCCGCGAGCCGGUAUCUGUCAGCAUUAUCAAUUGCCGACAUGUCAACAUUAAUAUUCUAUGUGUUUGGUGAAUGGUUAAGACGUGGAUUGAAAUAUAUUUCUCCAGGGAUCAAGAUUUCUUUCUUGGACACGGAAGGUGUUUGUCAGAUUUGGUUGUAUCUAAAUUACUUUUCCAGAUUUAUGUCAGCAUGGCUAAUUGUUUGUUUUACAUGUGAAAGAUUUAUUGGAGUGUGCAUGCCCUUACGGCGGCGAAAUUUGGGGACAUUAAAGGAAACAACGAAAAUUAUAUCAGCUUUAACGGUCGUUGCAGCUGUAAUUGUUUCCUAUAAGCCGUUUCUUAGCGACGUGCACACUAUACGUACAAGAACAUCUUGUGCAAGUAAAAAGAACUAUGUCUACGAAUCUUUCGUACUAGACAGUAUAUAUGCUCUACUGAUUACUUUUGUGCCCUUUAUUGUGAUAACAACGCUAAACGUUCUUAUUGUUCGUCGGUUAAUAAUCCGCAAUCGAAGACAAAAACACAAUCUCAUUACUGAAGAAAGCCACAUUCGCCUAGAAUUCACAUUUAUUCUCCUUGCAAUUUCGAUAUUCUUCAUUGCCUUCAAUCUUCCAUUCUUUGCCACCUGGUUUAGAAACUUCGUGCACUCGCAUUUUCUAUAUCCAAAUGAAACUAACAUUGAGUCCGAUAAAGGAUCAGUGGAUUAUUGGAUAGGCGUGCUAUUGAUAACCCGAACAAUAUUCUAUAUGAAUUAUUGCAUUAAUUUUUUCCUCUACAGUUUUACAGGUGCAUAUUUUCGGAAAGAGCUAAAAGGAUUAUUUUUCACUACGUACCAGAAGUAUGACCACUGUAAACAUUCGGUAAAUACUCAUGAAACCCAUAUGUUGCGAAGAAACUCUUGGGUAUGAGUGGAUUGAUAAAGCUUGAACUGUGUAAGGACUUUUUUCAGGGUUACUAUUUCUGAGAGAAUUUGAUAAUAAAAAGAAAUUAUGAUGAAAGUUCAAACUUAACUUUUCCAAAGUUGGUUAAGGUAGUUCUGCCAUUUUGAUCGCAAUACUGUUUGAUAUGUAGAAUUUGAUUUACUUAAAAUUCAGCCAUCAAAAAGAUAGGGUUAUGUGCUUGAUGUUUUGCUAAACUGUUUAGGAAAAAGUUGGACUGCAAGGAUUCUAUUUUCAUAAAGUGAGUCUACUGGAGAAUCCCGAAGUUGAUGACAUUUUCGCGAAAAAUAGAUUUUCAAGAAAUAUCGUUAUCAGUUGUAAAUUUACAUAUUGUCUGUCAUAUGAUCAAAUAAAAUGCAUCGCACCAUGUGCUUAUUUUUUUAUAUAUAUUUGCCCACUGUUACAGACAUCCCAAAAUUUCAAACUGAUUUUAUGACGUCUCAUCUUUGGAAAGAUAGAAUUGUU